CAUUCCUCCAUCAAAACCCUAGAUUUGAAAUCUAGGGUUUUGUUUAUGAGGCGUGUUCAGUUAAACUCUAGAUUGCUAGCUUGAAUUUCCUGUGUUAAAUCUGUGAUUCUGAGUUUUCUACAUUUGCGACUGAGUAAGCUCUUACCCAGGUUUUUGUUGCUCACAAUUUAAAGCUCUAUAUUCAUUAUUUUCCCCCACCUGGGCAGACGAAUCAUAUGCUCCGAGAGGUUCUUAGAUUUCCGUAAUUAAAGCGGACUCUUGCAAACCCAGGGUUUUAGCGUAGGCUGAAGAAAAAAUUUUGAACUUACAGUGUCUGGGUUCCUGGGUUUUAGAUCCACAUCUCUUCUCGACAAUUUUGGGCGAAAAAUUGAAUCUUUUUAUUACUGAUUAAGCCUUUCAUUUCUUGACAUUCGGAGAAACCCCGGCAAAACCCCUCUUUUGGUAUAUCUUUGUGGAAGUGGUGUGAGAAGUUGGCUCUGCUCUGAAAGAAUUGGGGUUAAGGAUUUGAGCAGAGUUGCCAGAAAGUUUGUAUAUUCAUCACAAAUAUCAUAGUAAAUGAAUGGAUGGGAGAGAAGCUAUGGCAUUCUCUGGUGGCUCAGCUUCAUAUUACAUGCAUAGAGGAGAUGUUUCUGGGUCUGGCUCUGGAACACAAGCCCAGGGGUUCCAACAAUCGCCUCCUGGGUUUAGACCUUUGUCAAACGUUGGCUUUCAAGCUCAGUCAAAUGUCCGAGGUGGUUCUGUGGGUUCCACAUUUUCAGUAGAGCCUCCUCGUAACAAUUUUAGUCAAGGCAUUAACAUAAGUUCCUCUCCUGGAGUACCAUCUUCAGGUGAGCCCUUGAAAAAGAAGAGAGGAAGGCCUCGUAAAUACGGUCCUGAUGGCCCUGUUUCUUUGGGACUGUCUCCCAUGUCUGCAACGGCUAAUUCUACCCCAGGUUCAGGCACGCCUUCCCAUAAACGGAAUAGAGGACGUCCACCUGGUUCUGGCAGGAAGCAGCAGCUAGCGGCUCUAGGUGAAUGGAUGAACAGUUCAGCCGGACUUGCUUUUGCACCUCAUGUUAUCACAAUUGGAGCUGGGGAGGACAUUGUAGCAAAGUUAUUGUCUUUGUCACAGCAGAGACCAAGGGCUCUGUGCAUCAUGUCAGGCACUGGCACCGUUUCUUCAGUCACUCUGCGCCAACCUGCUUCAACAAACAUCAGCCUCACUUAUGAGGGCCGAUUUCAAAUUUUAUGCUUGUCUGGCUCAUACUUGGUCGCUGAAGAUGGUGGACCUCGUGAUAGAACAGGUGGUUUGAGUGUUUCCCUUUCUAGCCCUGAUGGUCAUGUAAUUGGUGGUGGUGUUGCUGUGCUUAUUGCAGCAGGCCCAGUUCAGGUGGUGGUAUGCAGUUUUGUAUAUGGAAGUGCUAAGAUGAAGACAAAGCAAGUAACCUCUCCCAAGGCUGAGAAGAAUUCUGAGCCUCAGUCUCAUCCUCAUCCUCAUCCUCAGCCUCAGCAUGAUGGUAACAAGUUAAAUAGCCCCAUUACUCCAGGAAGUGCUCAGAACUACACAUUGUCUGCAUCAGCCAUGUGGCCAGGAGAUUUGAAAAGCUCUCACACACAUACUCGAACUGGUAUCGACUUGACCCGUGGCUGAAUGAAAAAUUGUGUAUAUAUAUACACCUGUUGUUGUACAUCAGCUGAAUUUGCUCAUCUCUCUGCUAUUUAUCUUAUUCCCCAUUAAGUUGUCAGAAGUUUGUUCUCAGUCUAACAUGUGUUAUAACAAUCUCAGCAUACUGCGGUUUAAGUGAUUACUUUUGACUUGAGCCAAAUUUUCUGGUUAAAUGAAGGAAACUAAUACAUCUGUAUUAAGCUUGUUAUGUUUAUUAAGCUAUUUUCUGGUUAUUUUGACCUGAACAAUUAUAGGUUUUGUA